AUGGCUGUGGUGGUGGUGUUGGAGGGAGUGAGUAAGAGGACAGAGUCAACUUGCUGGACUAUGAUUCUGAAAGAUGACUUUGGUGUGACUGGUAGGACAUGGAGAACUGGGAACUACUUGCUCUUCCUCAUAUCUGUCAUUGCAAUUCAAGUGCAGUCAGAUCUCGACUUUCCAAAGGAUAAACACUACACAUGGAAAACAGGGCAGUGGGGAAGGUGUAUAGGAGAGGAAUGUGGUUCUGGUGGUGUUCAGACCAGAACAGUGUGGUGCAUCCACGUGGAUGGCUGGAGCACUCACUACUCCAACUGCCGACACAUGGAGAAGCCUGAGACCCAGCGGCACUGCUUUAAGGUCUGUGAGUGGCACCAGGACCUGUUUGAAUGGGAGGUGUCUGAGUGGGGGGCCUGCAUGCUGGUUCCCUUCCUCUCCAAUGAGCUCAAAGUGCGGACAGCCGAGUGCAUCACUGCCCAGCACGGCAUCCAAAAGCGCAAGGUGCAGUGCGUCCGGACGUCCAACCGCACCGUGGUUACGGAGCGCAUCUGUGAGUUUUUCUCCCAGAAGCCUGUACUGGAGCAGGCCUGUCUCAUCCCCUGUCCCCAUGACUGCAUAGUCUCUGACUUCUCCUCCUGGUCUGGCUGUAGUAAGACAUGCGGCGUGGGCCUGCAACACCGGACUCGCCACGUGCUGGCCACGCCCAUGUAUGGUGGGGCCAACUGCCCAAACCUAACGCAGACCAGAACGUGUGUCAACCCAGUGCCCUGUCCAGUCGGCGAGAAUGAGCACCAGUACAGCCUCAAAGUGGGGCCGUGGAGCGAGUGUAGGCAACCACAGCAAAAAGGAUUGUGGCUUGGUGGGAGGACCACGCUUGACUUCACGGGCACAGGCAACACUGAGAGAAAUACAGUUAAACGUCACGUCCAGAGCAGCCUGCAUCAUCACCAGCACCAUCAUCAUCAUCAUCAUCAUCAUCAUCACCAUCACUAUCCUAAGGCCUGGGAUGUGGAGAUUGGCUACCAAACGCGGCAGGUCCGCUGCAUGCGCAGCGAUGGCAAAAACGCUAUGCUGAGCCUUUGUACCCAAGACAACAAUCCUGGAACAUUCCAGUCAUGUAUCAUGCCCAAAGACUGUGAGACUUCUGAUUGGUCCACAUGGAGCCCAUGCUCAAAAACCUGUCGCGCUGUCGAUUUGUCACCUGGUUACCGUGUAAGGACACGCAGCAUAACCCAAGUCCCUAUUGGUCGAGGCAAGGAAUGCCCCACCCUUGAAGAAAAGGAAGCCUGCAACAUCAUUGGGGAUUUACUUCCAAAUUGUCCUAGGUACGAGUGGAGAAGCACAGACUGGGGUGAAUGCAAGGUGGCUCCUCUCCUCAGUCAGCAGGACCGACGCUUGAACAAUGUCAGUGCCCUGUGUGGAGGAGGGAUCCAGACCAGAGAAACGUACUGCACACUGGUCCCAGACGAGUCCAUAUCCCAACACAAGAAAGAAGUAUCCCGACCAGUAAGCGGACAGCUGUGUGUUGGAGACCAGCCUUCCACUGUCCAACCCUGUUUUAUCCCCUGUGCUCAGGAUUGCCAGCUCUCCCUUUGGUCUGCUUGGGGAGCCUGUCUCCACGACAACUGCUUGGAAACCCAAGGACGAAAAGGCUACAGACAAAGAAGGAGACAGGUGCUGAGGGAUUCUUCAGGCAUGUCAGAGAGCUGUGCUCAUCUUCUGGAGUCUAUGCCCUGCGAGGAUCCUGUUUGCUUCCUCUGGCAUGUGGAGUCUGAGGGCAUUUGUGUGCCCACUGAAGGGAACUGUGGUGUCGGGAUCAGAACUCAAGAUGCAGUCUGUGUCAACGCACAAGGAGACGCUGUUCCAGAUGGAUUUUGUGUGGAAAGCCGGCCCUCUGCAGAAGUGCCCUGUGAGGUUGCUUGUCCAGGAGACUGUGUCAUUAGUUCCUGGUCUGUCUGGUCGUCCUGCUCCCAAUCCUGCUCUAGUAAAAACUCAGAGGGCAAACAGAGUCGCACGCGCACCGUACUGGCUUUACCUGGAGAGGGUAAGGCCUGUCCACCUGCCACGGCUCUACAGGAAUGGAGAUCCUGCAAUGACCAUCCAUGCCUAACCUUCUACUGGGAGGCAUCGCCCUGGGGACCGUGCGUGGAAGACUCCUUGGUGAAUUUUAAUGGCACCAGCUAUUGGAACAGUUCAGCCACCUGCACUAUGGGAGUCCAGACACGGAAAGUAUCCUGUAUGAAAAUGAACGCCGGGGCAGUCAUACCAAAAAGGUGCCCAGAUUCUGCUCGUCCAGAGACUGUCCGUCCCUGUCUGCUGCCCUGUAAGACAGACUGCAUGGUGACUCCUUUCAGUGAAUGGACGGCCUGCCCCUCUACCUGCCUUCCAGUAAACGCAACACCACCCUCUCAGUCAAGAUACCGAACCAUCAUCCAGCGGUCAGCCAAUGGAGGACAGGAAUGCCCGGACACUCUUUACGAGGAGAGGGAAUGCGAAACACUUCCUGUCUGUCCUACCUACAGUUGGAGAACACACAGGUGGCUUCAGUGCACCCUGGUUCCUGAUUCUGUCCGACAAGGAAUAUCUGGAACCAGUGAAUCCUGUGGCAAAGGACUGCAGACAAGAGGAGUCAGCUGCGUGGAUGAGAAUGAUGAGCCCGUUGCCAUGACAGAGUGCCUGCAUUGGGCAGGCGUGAUGCCAGCUCAUUUCAGAAGCUGCCAUGUGCCCUGUAAGGAUGACUGUACCUUCAGCAUCUGGUCCAAGUUCUCAGAGUGUUCAGGCUGCGGUAGCUGGCGCAGCCGCAAGCGAUCGCUCACAGGUCGCAGCAGAAAGAGGGAACACUGUCAGCGAGAGGACUUGUACCCCCUGGUGGAGUCUGAGCCUUGUCCUUGUGAAGAGUUCGUGUCUCAGCCUUACGGCAACUGGUCGUCAUGCAUCCUCCCAGAGGUCCCAGCCCAGGGUUCUUUGCAUGGCUGGAGGGUUCGCAGGGAUGCAAGGGACUGUGGCAAGGGCGUACGCUACCGUGCUGUGGCGUGUGUGGACCAGGAGGGCAAGCUCGUUAGUCCAACUCUGUGCAGUGAAUCAGGCUUGCUGGAGGAGGUAUGUCACAUCCCAUGUCCCCUGGACUGCAAGCUGAGCGACUGGUCGCCCUGGUCACCCUGCAGUGUCUCCUGCGGCAGUGGACUAAAGGUCAGGUCCAAAUGGCUUAGAGAGAAAACCUUCAACGGUGGCCGGCCCUGCCCCAAACUGGACCUGAAAAAUCAGGCUCAGGUGUAUGAGGCAGUGCCCUGUCAGAGUGAAUGUAAUCAGUACGAGUGGCUGACUGAGCCCUGGUCUGUGUGUACCAUCAACACACUGGACGAGCAGCCGGCCUGUGGAGAGGGGGUGCAGAGCCGUAAGAUCAGAUGUGUGAGGCGUGGCACUGAGGGCUUAAGUACUGGUGUAGAUGAGAGCCUGUGUGAUCAGGAGGAUGUGCCAUUCACAGCUCAGACCUGUUUCCUGCCCUGCCCUGAUGACUGUGUCAUGUCAGACUGGAGCCAGUGGAGCGCAUGCCCCACACGGUGCGACGAGAACACAGUGAGGAUGAGGAGGAGACACAUGCUUCGUCCCCCUGCAGCAGACCACGUCUGUCCAGACACCAAUCAGACAGAAGUGUGCAUCCUCAAUAGCAACUGCUUCACCUACCAGUAUAACGUGUCUGAAUGGAGUACCUGUCAGUUGAAUGAAAAUGCCAUCUGCGGGCAAGGUACAAGAAUGCGGCUCUUAGAUUGCGUUCGCAGUGAUGGGAAAGUCAUGGAGCUGAGUGUGUGUGAGGAGCUGGGCUUGGUGAAUCAGUGGAGGCUGACCAUGAACUGUGUAGUGGACUGUCCAAUCAGCUGUAUUCUCUCAGACUGGUCUUCGUGGACAGAGUGCUCACACACCUGUGGUAGCCAAGGUCAAAUGGCUCGGUCUCGUAGCGUUCUACAGCAGGCGCAUGAAGAGGGACGCCCAUGUCCUUCCCAGCUCUCCCAGACCAAGCCUUGCCCCAUCAGGCCCUGUUACACAUGGGUACUUGGCGAGUGGUCUCCAUGCCAAGUGGAGGGGGCAGAAUGUGGAGAUGGGGUACGGAAAAGAAACUUGACCUGUGUGGUCCACUGGGGGGACGGAUCUCUGCCUGGACCAUCGAAAGUUGUGGAAAAGGAGAAGUGCGGAGACAGGCUGAGAAAAGAGAGUGAACAAGAACUACGGUUUCCCUGCUUUGUACCCUGUCCAGGAGACUGUCACCUGACCGAGUGGUCAUCGUGGAGCUCAUGUCAGCUGACGUGUCUGGAGGGGCGCAGUUUUGAGACGUUAGGCCGACAAGCUCGUUCCAGAGCAGUGGUUGUCCAGGUGCUGGAGAACCAAGAGAACUGUCCGCAUCAGGUGUUUGAAACACGACCAUGUAAAGGAGGCAAAUGCCACAGCUAUGAGUGGAGGACCAGCGGAUGGAGUGACAAUGAAAGAUCAGUGUGGUGCCAGCGUUCAGAUGGAGUCAAUGUCACAGGGGGCUGUUUUCUGCAGAACCGUCCAACCACUGUCAGACACUGUCACCCCCCCUGCACCAAACCCUUUUCUCACUGCACACAGAGUGGUGUUUGUGGGUGUGAGAAAGGCUACACAGAGGUGAUGACCACACAUGGGUUUCUGGACUACUGCACUAAGACCCCUGGAGCUGACAACAAGAAGGCAGACGUCAAGACAAGCUCAGGCAGAUUAAAACCAGGGACAUCUCAGAUCCAGGACUUCUUUGGUGACUGGUCCCUGCAGCCCAUUGGACCAGAUGGAAGGCUCAAGCUCUGGGUCUAUGGAGCGACUGCUGGAGGAUUCAUUAUGAUUCUGUUCAUCAUUGCCAUUUCAUUUCUCUUUUGCAAAUGGCCCCUACAGACUAAAAGCUCCUCUCCACCACAGAAGCCACUGAGUCUGGCCUAUGAUGGAGAUGUGGAUAUGUAA